AUAAUGUCUACAACGUUUCUCUACAUAAAGGAGAUGUUUUAAAAAUAAAAUUAGAAUUAGUUUAACGUGGAAGAUUAGUUUAAAGUAGUUGUGGAACUUACAUUCUAGUGCUUAUUAUUAGUAGGAUGUUAAAAUAUCUCGAUUAUUAAAAGGAAUUAAUGAAAAUAUAGUGAAAUACAACAAGUUCUUUUUUUCGAUCUAAGAUUACUUUAUUAUUAAAUUAUUUAUAAUUGUUAAUGAAUCAUUUGCGAAUAACAAUGAUAUGCAUGAAGCAAUAACUGGAUUAGGAAGAAAUUAAAAUGUCUCAUCGUUUAGCUGAUUAUUUUGUUAUUGUUGGAUAUGAAAGAAAUGAUACGCGUAGUCAAAAUCCAGGUAAAAUCAUCCAGCGAUUUCCUGAAAAAGAUUGGGAUGAUGCACCGUUUAUACAAGGAAUAGAACUGUUUUGUCAGCCAUCGGGUUGGAGUCUUUCAUUGAUACAAGAUGAACCGAAAUACUUUAUGUCUGUUUUGACAAACAUUGAUGGAAAUCAUUAUUAUUGCGCGGUUUUAUCGUUUUAUGAAAAGAUUUCAAUCGUUCCAAGUAAACCGCCAGCAGAUGAAGAAGAAGAAAACAUCACCUUGAGUAGCAAGCAAAUUUUACCAUCCAGUUCAACAAUUACGCAUCAUAAUAUUAUGUACGCUCCAAAAUGCUUAGUGCUUGUAUCUCGUUUAGAUUACUCUGACACGUUCAAAAAUUGUCUCAAAACGAUCUAUACUGUAUAUUUGGAGAAUCUGCCGUUUAUGAUUGAAACUCUCAUUGGAAAUAUUCUCGGAUGUAUUCAAAUUCCCAGUGCCGGCGGUCCUCAAGUGCGAUUCUCAAUCGGAGCUGGUGAUAAACAAGCCCUACAACCCCCUCUCUCUACAUCAUUGCCAGUCACUGGAAACUGUGUUCGAAUGCUGUUCAAGCAAUUAGGAAUGAAGAAUGUUUUGCUCUUGUAUUGCGCUGCAAUGACAGAACACAAAAUCCUCUUUCAUUCAUCAAGCUACUCUAGACUUACAGAAAGCUGUCGUGCACUAACGGCUUUAAUGUAUCCAUUACGUUAUACUCACACUUAUGUACCGAUCCUUCCUGCAUCAAUCUUAGAAAUCCUCGCCACACCUACUCCAUUUAUUAUGGGCAUAAAUAGUAAUAUGCUGAAUGAAAUUAAUGAUGUGCUCGAUGUAAUCGUAGCCGAUUUAGAUGGCGGUUCUAUUCACAUACCAGAAUCUCUUAUUAUUCCCGUAUCUCGACUUCCGCCUGUUCUAUGGGAUAAUACAAAUUAUUCAUUGACAGUCAUUUUACAGCCAGAAUUAGCUGUUGCAGACAAUGCUUUCUCAAAAAGUAAUGCAACUUUCAAUGAGAAUCGCAAUCAGGAACUAAUUGAUAAAGAAAUUCGAGCUGUUUUCAUGAGAAUAUUCGCUCAAUUAAUGCAAGGAUAUCGAUCAUGUUUAACGAUCAUAAGAAUUAAUCCAAAGCCAGUUAUAGAAUUUCAUAAGGCAGCAUUUUUGGGAUCACGAGAUGUUUCUGAUAUUGACUUUUUAGCCAGAGUUUUGGACAGUAUGUUCUUUACAACAUUUGUAUCUGAACGAGGACCAUCAUGGCGAUCGUGGGAUGCAUUUGAUGAGCUAUAUAAUGCAAUGCCUGAAUUAUUAAAAUCAGAGAAUAUUGAAAGAACUUUAAUUCUCCAGCACAUCCAAAAAUUGGCUGAAAAACUCUACAUAAAUGAAAAUCCUAAUCCCCAGAGUUAUCCAGAAAAGAUAUUAACGCCUCCCGAUGGCGCGUUCUCAAGAAUUCAUCAUCCAGAAUUUCCAAAAAUUGAAUCCAGUAAGGUCCAAUUGAUAAUUAAUGAAGGAAUCAAUAAGAAUGAUCUUCAAUCAAAACUACAAUCGUAUCGAAAUAAUCCACGAAUUGUACCAAUUGGUCCGCCACUUCCAAGCUUUAAUGAUGGACGACUGACAGUAACGCAUGCUGCUCGAAAAAUGGAAGUAAUUAAAAAUUGUGUAAAUAACAUCUUUGAGAAUAAGAUUUCAGAUGCACGAAAAAUAUUCCCUGCUGUUAUACGAAUCUUAAAGCAACGCGAUGAUGCAAGACUGUUUCUAUGCAGAGAACUGGCAAACUUUGUACAAGGAUCUAAUAAAGCUACUCUCGAGCACGCACAAUUUGAUCUUGUCUGUAAGCUCAUGAAUCGAUCAUUACAAGAUGAAUCACCAAAAUAUCAAUAUGACAUUGCAGCAAACAUACUGCCAUUAUCAGUCUCAUUUUGUCGUAAGCUAAGUCCAACGGUUAUGCAGUUUGCUUACAGUUGUAUUCAAGGUCACGCAAUUUGGAAGACUCAGGCAUUUUGGGAGCAAGCAUUCUAUCAAGAAGUUCAAGCUAACGUUAAGAAUCUUUAUGUAAAUAAGCCAAUAGACAGAAAUAGCUUUUUUAAUGAGUCAGUUCAUAGUUUAAUGAAUGAGUAUAGAACUUCAUCGGAGCCAUCGGCAUUAGAAAUUGCUGCAAAACAAAUGAUGGAAUGGCCUUCAAUGGAUGCUGCAAAGCAAAAAGAUUUAGUCAUUUCCGAGGAACAGAUUUUGUAUAGUCAAGCUUUACAUUAUGCAAAUCGUAUGAUUUCAUUGCUGAUUCCAUUGGACGUAAGGUCCAAUACAAAAAUCAAAAAAAUUACUAAACAUGUUGAGGACAAUGCCAGUUUUUCAAAUAGUGUUUUAGAGUCCAGAAGUGAUCAAUCAACUGAUGGAUAUGAAGACCGAGAUGCCAGUGAAGUUGAACAGACAGUCAUUCGUCAAGUCUGUAAAUUUAUCGAUAAAGUGUGCAAUGAAGGAGGCGUUUCACCUGACAACAUACGCAAGCUUCACUCAAUUAUAGGUGGACUAGUUGAUAUGCAGUGUGAGACUUUAGAUGUCGUUUGUCGAGAAUCGAAACGAAUACCACCAGUUCAAAAACCAAAAAUUCAAUAUCCAACACUUUUGAGCGGAGAAGACAUUAUGGGAGAUGCAUUAAGAGCAAUUUUACUCGUUGAUGGACGAGAGGAAACAAUAAGUCCGUUGCUGCCAGCUGAAGGCGCUUUGUUCUUGACAAAUUAUCGAGUAAUUUUCAAAGGACUUCCAAUAGAUUCUCUAACAUGUGAGCAAAGCGUCAUUCGAUCAUUUCCAGUGGCUUCUUUGACUAAAGAGAAGCGUAUUUCUGGAAUUUUAUCCAACGAACAGGUUCUUCCCGAUGGUUUACAGCUUAGAUCCUCAACUUUUCAACUUAUUAAGGUGGCAUUCGAUGAAGAAGUAUCGCACGAAACAAUUGAAAUUUUUAGAAAGAGUCUGAAUCGAUUGAGACAUCCAGAAGAUGAAUUUGGACAUUUUGCGUUUGCUAAUCAUUUGACAUUUGCUGCAAAACCUAAAUAUCCAAAAGUAAAGGAAAAGAAUUCAACGUUAAAAGUUUUUGCAAAACAAACGCUUUUGAGGACGGCAAAGAAAGCUGGUAUCAAAACAGGCAAAAGUUCAUCCAACAAGCGAAAGUAUAUAUUUAGUGGAAUUAAUGAAGUUGAACAAUUUUAUAAUAAUCCAGCUAAUAAUAAUAAUAAUAAUGUCGAAAAUAGUGACGAUGACGAUAAUGCUUCAGAGGAAACGGAACCAAAUCCCAAAUUUACUGUUAAAGAUGUAGAAAAAUUGAAGGACAGAAGCUUUGUUAAAGAUUGGCAACGAUUGAACUUGACAUUAAAUGGAUACAGAUUAUCAUCAAUAAACUGCAAUUAUAGCCUGUGUCGAACAUAUCCAGCAAUGAUUGUUUGUCCAAAACAAAUAACUGAUGAUCAACUAAGAUCCUUGGCAAAAACUUAUAAGAAUCAAAGAGUUCCAAUUCCAACUUGGCGUCAUUCUAAUGGUGCUGUUUUGUUAAGAAGUGCUUUGUCAUUGGCUAAAAGUGUAAUGGGAAUGCUUAAAUCUGGAUCUGCAAAUACAUCUGUAGAAGGAAAAAUUGAUGGACUUCAGGAUCAAGACAGAUAUUUCUGCUCAAUGAUUCCACAUCAUCAGCAAUUGCAGCAGCACAUGAGUCAUGCAAAUAUCCUUAGUUCCGAGUCUAACAUUUCGAUAGAUUCACUUUUAGGACCAAAAGCACAUUUAACGCCAUUAAGUAACCGUCGAAAUGAUGGUGCUGGAAUGAGAAUGAUGAAUCAAAAGCCAAGCAAUAAAUGGGAAUCAUUAAAACGUGGCGGUGCACAUUACAAUCAAUAUGAUGAUCAUUUUACAAUUCAAGCACCGACUAGAGUUCCUUUAUACAUUCUCAGUGAACGAUCACAAUCAAAAUCUGUUAAAUUAUCGGAAUUAGGCGUUGAGUACAUACCAGUAUGUUAUAAUGACAAUCGUCAUUCUCGUGAAGCAUUUAAGAAAUUAAUGCGGGCUUGUCUUCCAUCUACAAUCAUCAAUGAACCGGAUCAUACUUUCUUAAAACUCAUUGAACAUUCUGAGUGGCUUGAUCAAAUCCGAAAUUUGUUACAACUCAGUGGAACGGUUGUCGAUUUAAUUGACAUCCAUGAAGCUAGUGUAAAUAUAGCAUUUGAGGAUGGGUGGGAUGUAACUUGUCAAGUUUCGUCCUUAGCGCAGAUUUGUCUUGAUCCAUACUAUAGAACAAUUGAUGGCUUCAGAGUUUUAAUUGAGAAAGAAUGGCUCGCUUUUGGACACAGAUUUGGACAUAGAAGCAAUUUGAAACAAAACAGCAGUGCUUUUGCACCCAUCUUUUUACAAUUCCUUGAUGCUGUUCAUCAAAUUCAACACCAAUUCCCCUUAUCAUUCGAGUUUAAUGAAUAUUAUUUGAAAUUCUUAGCAUAUCACUCCGUAUCAUGUCGCUUUAGAACCUUCCUUUUUGACUCCGAGUUCGAACGCUCUGAUUUGGGAAUAACAGCAGUCGAAGAUAAGCGUGGAUCACUGAAUUCUCACAAGCAUAUGGUAGAAACAGGAAAUAAUUCAGAUGAUGAGAGCCUUUUAUAUCCAGGCGGUUUGAGAAAUUCUAAUACAAAUCAACCCAAAUUGGGCGUUUCGAUAUUUGAUUAUAUUGAAAAGCACCAUGUACGAACACCAGUAUUCUAUAAUUUUAAAUAUACUACUAAUCCAAAUCAGCAAGUAUUAAGGCCACAAAGCUCUAUUAAUAUGUUAGAAGUAUGGGAUUUUUAUACAAAUGAAGAAUUAGCACAAGGACCAAGUUAUGACUUGGAAUUAAUUGGAUCUGAAGUGAUAGACGAGGAAACGGAAUACUCAUUAAAGCAACCAAAGAGAAAAGUAGUGACAGUUGGUUACGACAAUAUUUACAGAAAUGAAUCAGAUGCGUUUACAAUUUUGUUGGAAGAUUUAAAGCAAGCAGAAGCAGAACGUGGUAUAUUACCACAAAAAUGGAAACAAGUUUGGGAUAAGUUGGAAUUACCUCUCUCUGAAUCUUUGACCGACAAGAUGAAUGUCUUAUCAAUUGGCAAUCUUGGUCGAUCUCAUGGACGAAAUAUGCACAUGACCACAAUGGAUAUUCUAAGACGUGGACAAAUAACUGGAUAUCAAGAUCUAUCACAUCCGCAUCGUUUUGAAAAGCAUGUUUAUACGACACCAAAUAACUGUUCAUUAUGUGGUAAUCUCCUUUGGGGUCCAGUUCGUAAUGGUGUACGUUGUAUGGAUUGUGGAAAUUCUUAUCAUGAGAAAUGUGCUGAUUCAGCACCGAAAAAUUGCACCAAAUAUAAGAAUAUUGAAGGAAAUCAAACGUUGAUUCCACCUAAGAAUCCAAAUGAUAUGCAAGAUAGUUGCAGUAUAGCUAGCAAUAACACAAAUGAUAUAUAUCGAGGAUUUGAAAGCAAUAUGCCUGAGAAUCGAACUCAUGAAGGGUAUCUCUACAAAAGAGGUGCGUUGUUAAAAGGAUGGAAACAAAGAUGGUUCGUUCUCGACUCUAUCAAACAUCAGCUACGCUACUACGACUCAGUUGAGGAUUCCAAUUGCAAGGGGGCAAUAGAUCUUGCAGAAGUACAAUCAGUUGGACAAGCAUCGAGCCCCUUCCAAAUGACAACAUCAAAGAAGAUUGACGAGAAAGCAUUUUUUGACUUAAAAACUGCAAAGCGAACCUACAAUUUCUGUGCAAUCGAUGCGUCAAGCGCUCAAGAAUGGUUAGAAAAGAUUCAAGCAUGUCUUCAAUAAGCAACUUUGUUUGCUCGCGCUCAACAAUUACGUGAUUCCCUUAUUAACUAUUCGUAUUUAAUUUUACAAAUUUAUGCCAAUAUCUUUUCCUAUUAUUGUUGCGAUUUAAUGUUUCUAGUUAUUAAAUCUUUAUUUGUCUAAAUGAGAAGCAUAUUUAACUGAUUUAUAUGAUGAGAAUAUAUAUGUGUAUUUAUUAAAAAUCGUCAACGGGAUUCCGCAUUUAAUAAAGUAAUUAACUUAUAAAGAUAAUGAGAUUAAUUUAAAAGAGACAGCUGAA